AUGCAGGAAGCAGGGAGGGCCAACAAGAUUGUGGCCACCUUCGCAGACAAGUUUUCUUGCUGUGGCUUGCCAUGUACUCCGUUCCAGCACCAUCGCACGACGUGGCAGAUGUCCGAGGUGGCCGACGUGGACCGUCAGUCAUCGGGCUGCGGUGGCUGCUUGGGCACCGUGACGCUCACAACCACCACCUCCGAGAUCUACGCGCUGAAGACGGACCAAAGCAAGGUGGUUUUCGACGAUGUCAGGUACAGCGAAAUGGUGGCCCACUGGUCUGGUGAGGUCAAGGAGGACGUAAAGUUCGACCUCAACAAGCUAGCUGCUGGCGAGUUACAUUGCGUGAACUGCAAGACCACGGCCCUCAGCUUCUGCUUGGAGUGCAAGGACUACCUGUGCUUGAAGUGCUACGCUGACUUGCAUGGGAAAGGCUCGCGCAAGGAGCACGCGCCCUUCUGCUUGGUGCCCUGCGCCUUGUGCGUCGUGCUUCCGGCCAAGAUCCACUGUACAUUCACGGACAAGUCCUUGUGUCACAAAUGCUAUGCUAUGAAGCAUAUCAAGAUGCUUCCUCUUGACGGCAAAGAGAACCAGCCGCGGAGAAUAAACUACGUGGAGCAGUACAACAGGUACGCCGAGUUUGCAAAGGAACGGGUGAAGAAGAUGGCCGUCAAGCCGGAGGACCUUCCAGCACUGGAUGACUCAGCUUACGAGUCGGUUCUCAGCACUGACUGGCACCCCUUCUACGAUGCUCGUGGUGUGAGGUACUACCACAACUUUGCCACUGGCGAGCGCAUGAGGCAAAGUCCGCGGCGCGUGCCUAACUCUGACGAUGCAGGUGCUGAGGCUACAACGCCUACCGCCAAGGAAGUCACCCAGGCUCUUGCGGUUUCGCAGGAGGACGCAGGUGGCAUGGCCAGGCCAGAAGAUCCAGCGUCCAGCAAAGGCUUCCAUGGCACUGCGACCUCGCUCAAGAGCACAGGGCCUCUGCCACUCUCAGGCUUUGACUCGCUCAAGUCGGAUGUGCCAGCAGCAGUGCGUGCUGCGGAAGAUCCGGAGCAUCGGCUUCUCAGACCGCCGCAUCGGCGUCACAUGCCGGACGAGGUGCCCUGGCUCGACGCGAUGGCCGGCCGAGCACGCAGUGAGUCGCCGCUCGACUUUGAGGACUUCGCGUCGAGGCCUACGGGCUCGGCACGGUCAGGGGCCCUCUUCAAUGUUCAGAUGUCGAGGAAGAAAGCGGAGCAGGACUCCAUCCUCCUCGCCAAUCGAAUUCGGCUCCUCAGAAAUGAAGAGGCGAAGACUCGCAAGAAGAUCGUAGAAACCGAAAAGAAGACCCAGGAAAUCCUGGAGACCCGGCGGCGCAACGAAAAGCGGCGCCAGGAGAAGGAGGCCUUCGAGGCGCACAAGGAGUCCCUCGAGUCUGAAUUUCGUGCCAAGCAGAUGGUGGAUCGGGCCGACCAGCAGCACAAGCUCCAAGACAAGAUGAGGAUUAUACGAGAGCGAAAUCAAGGUGCAGGACAUGUCAUCCGCCAGGAGCGCCAGGCGUAUCAGCAAGUCGUGGACUUCGAGCGCCAAGCUGCAGCUGAUGAGGCCUUCGCUCGCGCCGAGCAGGUCCGUGCAGCGAUGUCGCAAGCAGCGAGGAGUCGGGCACGGUCUGAGGGGGCGAAGCAGGAGCUUGCCCGAGGGGCCCUGCGCGAGCGCCUCCUGCGAGAGGAGGACGAGCGCCGGCAGCGCCUAGCGGACAUCGACAGGAUGGAGCGCGAGGAGAAGGAGCUCAUGGAGAGACUACAGCGGUCGCAGGAGCGCCACCGAGCAGCGUACAUGCAGCUCGAGGACGUCCUUCGGGGGUCUGGCAGCGAGACGUCUGUUGGUCUUUCACCACUGGGCUCUGUUGCGCCGCUGGAGGUCAGCCGCCGGCGACCGGAGCGUGACGUGACAUGCGCCAGCCCUGCGCGGAUGAGCCCCGAUCUGCACGCUGAGAUCAUUUUCGGGUCCACUCGAGACUCCACCUCUUCGCGUGGGUCCAGGCGUCCCGAAGUUGCUCCUUCCAGAAGUGUGCCUAGUGGGCCUGCUCCAGCACGGCCGCCGCUACCACGUGCACCUCCGGGUGCAAGGCCCAGCUCCGCAUCGCGCCAGGCAGUGCGCGUGAACGCUGCUGGAGCUGCAGGGGAUGCGGUGGACAAGCUGCGGCAGAAGCACUCGACCAGUGCCAUGAGCAAUGCCAGCACUGCCAGUGGUGGUGCAGAAACGGCAGCAAAUGGUCCCUGCGAAGGGAGCGGCCAGAGUACGCCAUCCUCAUAUGCCCAUCAAAUCAGGUACACCACCGUUGAUGGCUUGCAGAGGAUCUGGACCUGGCAGCCCUUCUCAACGGCAGGCCCGCCAGAACCUGGAACGUUCUCGAAGGCGGCGGGUGCGCCUCCGCUUUACGACCAGCCGCCACCUCUCGUCGAGUUGCCGCCAGAGAACUACAGCGACCUUCUCACCGGCAAAGUGAAGUGCUGGUUCGAGGAUCGCGCUUUCGGCUUCAUCACGCCGGAAGGAGGUGCAGAGGAUGUUUUCGUGCACAAAUCUGUGCUGAAAGAUGGGCAAAGUCUCAUCGUUGAUAGUUUCGUAAUGUUUGACCUCAUCUAUGAUCCAGACCGGCGACGCUUUCAGGCCACGCGCUGCUUUGGGGCGACUCUGCCGCCAGACGAGGUAAGUCGGGCACCACGCAAGGGGCCUUACAGCUUGGCAGAUCCGUGGGAUGAGCUGUACAUGACAAGCGGCGCGGAGCAUCUCCGAAUGCCGCAAGGCUUUGCUCCGGCGCCGAAGGCAGCUACUUGCACGUGGAAGGCAGCCCCAG